AAACUUUGCUACUGAUUUCCUAUUAGUUACUUUGCAACAGUAGUUGUAGGAAAUCAAGAAAGAUAAACGUUGCGUAAGCAAUGACCACCAAACAGCUGUAUAACGUGAACUCAGUGCCAGAGUCCAGUCAGGUUAGGGUCUCUUGAACUAUUCAGAGUCAGAGGAUUUGUUGCUCUCUUGGGGUUUCUGCUACUUUCUCCAUGGCUGCUGAAACAGAACCCAAAGCUCCUUUCUCUUUGGACUCCUACCACGUGUCUGAGGAGCUCGGCUUCAUCCUCUCCGAGCCUCUGAGAGAGCUCCCACCCUAUUACCAGCCAUGGAUGGAUAUUGCCCUGCGAGUCCCAGAGCUUGUGCUCUCUCACGAGCUGCGCUCUCAUAUUCACAAGAUGCCGCUGCUGAGCAGCAGCUCUCUACAGAAACACCGGGAGUUGAGGCUGGCCCACUUGACCCUCAGCGUGAUGACCAUGGGCUACGUCUGGCAGGAGGGAGAGAACGAAACAGUUGAGGUUCUUCCAUGUAACCUGGCUGUUCCAUUCUGGGAGGUGUCACAGCGAUUGGGAAUUCCCCCUAUUCUCACCCAUUCUGAUGGAGUACUGGCUAACUGGAGGAAGAGGGACCCUCAGGGGCCUUUUGACAUGGAGAACCUGGAGCUGCUGGUCAGCGUCCCAGGUGGCGAAAGCGUCCGAGGCUUCUUCAUGGUCACUCUGCUGGUGGAGCUGGCAGCAGUUCCUGCACUGAGGAGCAUCCCCACUGUGAUCAACGGUGUCAGGUGCCGAGACACUGAGGCUGUGGCCACAGCCCUGGAGGACAUUAGCCAGUCUAUACAAGAUAUGACUGAUACGUUCAAAUUGAUGCAAGUGCAUGUGGAGCCUUCAGUCUUCUAUGGCAUUAUGAGGAUCUACUUGUCUGGAUGGAAAGACAACCCCAGUAUGCCAAAGGGCCUGGUCUAUGAGGGGGUCGGGACAGAAGCGAUGGAGUUUUCGGGAGGAAGUGCUGCACAGAGCAGUUUGCUGCACUGUUUUGAUGAACUUCUGGGAGUCAAACAUGAUGAAAAAAGUGGUGCCUUUCUCACCCGUAUGAGGAACUACAUGCCACCUGCUCACAAGCAACUAAUCCAGGACAUCUCUCUGCAACCGCCCCUGAGGAGUUUUGUCCAGCAGCAGGCCAGUGAGCGUCUAAACCGGGCCUUUCAUCUCUGCGUCACAAAGCUGUUGGCUCUGCGCAGCUACCACAUCAACGUCGUCAGCCGCUACAUCACUGUGCCCUCUGCCCGAGCCCGACAGCUCUGUAAGCAGAACCCGGACUUAGAGGGGGAGAUAAUCAGCAGAGCACCCAAGGCGCUGGAGGAAAGGGGCACCGGCGGCUCUGGUAUCAUGUCCUUCCUAAAGACUGUGAGGGACCAAACUAAAGACGCCCUCCUGCCCGAGACAAGCAAAGAGACGAAUCUGACUUGAGGAGACACAUCAAAGUGAGAUAUACAUCACUUAAAAACAGGCAGCAGAUCCCUUCUUUUAACUGAGUGCAGUAUUUCAUGUGUCAUUAAAGGCAGAAUGAGAGUGAAAGGCCUGGGAUGCUUGUCUGGAGCUGUGUUGUGUCUGCAGACAAACCUCAGCUUAAUAGACAUGAGCGAUACCCAUCAUUCAGUCCAAACCAUAAUUCUAUUGUUGUUACUUUCCAUUAAACUCAACCACUAAAUCCUUCUUUGAACUGAACUGGAACAAAAACUGCAUCCGACAUCUGUUCAAGACCAAUAUAUCCAGAGUAUAUUUGGACAUUAGACAACUUUAUUCAUGACUGAAGCCCCUUUGGAAUGUGAUUGAGAGAUUUAGUUAGUUUGGAAAAAACAAAGAGGCUUUGUUUUCUGCAAAUUGAAAUGAGGCUGGCAUUUAUCUUUUAUCUUUAAUCAUCCACAAAGGAUACUGAUAGUUUAAUGUAAAAGUUAUAGCUUAGAGAAUGAAAAAACAAGAAUGACACAUAACUCUGCCAGGGCCAAACAAAUCCUACUUGUCUUUUUUGUUCUUAUAAAGGUAGAAAAUAAACGUCACCUGGCUGCAGUACUGGUUAUACACCCAUCUCCUCCAUGUUAAUGGAUGGGACAUGGACCAAGCUAAAAUGGGUUAGUGUUAGUACAUGUCAAAUAAAUGUUGUUAGUUCUCUUCACA